GACGUCGCUGUCGAAGCUGACCUAGGUCAAUUCCGAGUGGAGGCGAGGCCUAACGUCAAAUGGUACACUGGUACAGGUAUGUUUGCUCCCAUAGCCGAAUGCAAUGAUGGUGCAGGUAAGGAAGAGUCAUGGCCAUCGCAGUCUGGCUAGACUCUUCGGGGACCCGUGGCACACUCCGGCAAGAUAUCAAAGGAAGAUCCUUCUCGACAUCUUGGAGGAGACGGGAGGAAUUGACUAUCGAUGAUGACCUUCACUCCAAGCUCCCCGGCAUCGAUCCGUCCCGGCUAGAGGUCACGGAUACAAUCACUCCCAAAAGCCUCGUGGCCAACCAGGAGCUUGUCUUUGGAAGAACAUUUACAGACCACAUGCUCUCAAUCGAGUGGACAGCCUCCCAAGGCUGGCUGGCACCUCGAAUAACACCCUACCAAAAUCUGUCACUCGACCCCGCGACCUGCGUAUUCCACUACGCCUUCGAGUGCUUCGAAGGAAUGAAAGCAUAUAAAAGUGUAAAGGACGGCUCAUUACGGCUGUUCCGACCGGACAAGAACAUGGCUCGAAUGAACAAGUCCUCUGCGCGCAUCGCGCUGCCCACAUUCAAUGGGGAGGAGCUAAUAGAAUUGAUCGGCAAGCUAUGCAAGAUGGACGAGCGAUUCAUCCCCUUGGAGAAGGGAUACUCAUUAUACAUUCGACCUACAAUGAUCGGCACACAGCGGACGUUGGGCGUCGGCCCACCCGGGUCGGCGCUGCUAUACGUGAUCGCAUCACCAGUAGGACCAUACUACCCGACUGGCUUCAAGGCCAUAUCACUAGAAGCCACCGACUACGCGGUGCGCGCGUGGCCCGGUGGUGUCGGAGACAAGAAGCUUGGAGCCAACUAUGCUCCCUGCAUUGUCCCGCAGCUCAAGGCCGCGAAGAGAGGUCAUCACCAGAACCUCUGGCUGUUCGGUGAGGAGGAGAAGAUCACUGAGGUCGGCACGAUGAACUUGUUUGUUUGCAUCAAGAACAAGGAGACGGGACAGAAGGAGUUACUGACGGCACCUCUGGACGGGACCAUCCUCGAAGGCGUGACGCGGGAUUCCGUGCUAAGCCUUGCACGGGACCGACUCGAGCCCGAGGGCUGGAAGGUGCUCGAGCGAUACGUGAAGAUGCAGGAGUUGGCAGAUGCGGAAGCAGACGGCCGUCUGAUCGAGGUGUUCGGUGCCGGUACCGCGGCGAUCGUGGCGCCUGUGAGAACGAUCGCGUGGAGAGAUCGCAGCUUGAACUGUGGUCUCAAACCCAAUGUGGAGGCUGGCGAGAUCGCAUUGAAGAUGAAGAAUUGGAUCGAGGCGAUCCAGUAUGGUGACGAGGAUCACCCAUGGAGUGUCAAAAUUACUUGA